AUGGCAGACGACAGCACCCGUCAAUCUGCUAGCGAGGCCUUCGAGAAGAGUAAGGAGGCUAGCAGCAAAGCAGCAGGAGAUAUGCGAGAGAAAGCUGCAGAUUUAAGUGCAGCAGCAAAGGAGAAGGGAUGUGCUGCAGCAGAAGCAACACGAGAAAAAGCAAGAGAAGCUAAAGAGCGUAGCAGCGAAGCAUGCAGCUCUGCUGCUGACUCUGCUCACGGGAAGGGGCAAGAGGCUUCAGAACAAGGCCAAUCAAUGUAUGAAACAAUUAGCGAGAAGGCACACAGUAUGAAAGAUUCUGUUGCUGAUGCAGUUAGCAAUACUAUGACUGCAGCAAAAGACAAGGCUGUCUCUGCUAAAGAUACUGUCUCUGAGGGCGUCACGAAGCUCCGCAGCGAUGCAGCAGACCUUAUCUCUCCUAAGUAA